UUUUUUUUUCCAGUUUGCACCUCUUCUUUCUUCAUUUAGAGCAAGGUCAGCUGUUGCAGAGGGACUUGAAUCCGUUAUCGUCAAAGUGACUUAAUUUGUGCAGCAAUUAAUAAUUUAGUGUGAGUGUGGGGGGAAUUGCAUAAGUGCUUAUAGAAUUGAGAAGCAAGUGUCUCAUUUGUGAUCCUAAAUCCCUUAGAUGCUUUUGAAAUCAACACCCUUGCUUGCCAAAAUAUCUAAUGGUUUUUAGAUCUUUAUUCUGUGAAAGGACAAGUGCUAGGCCUAAGGUUUCCCUCUGCAUAUUCACUCUGAUCAGCAAGCACAGGUCAUCAGAAGAGCAGGAUACAUUUUAUUGCCCAUUUUUAAAAAAAAGCACAAAUACAGCGGGGAAGAGCUGUUCAUAAUAUAUUAAUGUAGCUUGACAAUAAACACUAUUUAUUUAUUCUUAUGUAGGGUUUUAGAACGUGUUAUUUUUUCUUAACUUAAUUUUUAAAGUGGAUGUAUUCAUUGGAUCAUAUGGACAGUGAUAACGGAUGAAAUAUUUAAGAUGGUGUGAAAGGAUCAUAAUUACCUAAUCAACAUCAACAGAAUGGCUUCCUUGAUGAAGAAAAUGGAACAUUCAGUUCAUAGGCUUAUGUCUACAACAUGAAGUUUUUAACAGUAGCUGUCUUUGAGAAAUUAAUUUGUGACCUGAGAUCUCCUGGUCCCGGAAAGAAAUUGAGAUUUUACAAAUUAGAGCUAUCAUUUUUCAGUACUUUUUUUUGUGACUAAUGAUAUUUAAAUUUGCACAACAAAAAUAUAGAAUACAAAACCCAAGGGUUAUACUGAUACAUUUUUUGUUUGUGCAUUACACAGGAUAUAUCAUUUAAAUUAAAUUUUAAAUCAUCUUUACUUUUUAUUUAUUUCUUAAUACAUGAAGACUCAAGAAUAAUUUGUCACCCAUGGAAAAAAAUAAGGCAUAUUCCCCAAAAAUGGACAGUAAUUUUGUGUUAGAUAAAAUCAACAAUUUAAAAGUAGAACAAGAAGAAGAUGGCAUAAAUAAUUGUACUUUGGAAAGAAUGGAUAUAAAAAAUGAACAUGAAGAUUUGAAACAUACAGACAGUAGUGAUGAACAAGACGACAAAGAAAAACAUUUCAUCAAUAACAAUCCUGGCAAAUAUUUAUCUACCGAAAAUGAAGAUGAUUAUGGAUCUCUGUUUUCUCAGUAUAGUAGUACUCUUUAUGAUGUAGCAAUGGAAGCUGUGACACAAAGCCUCCUUUCUAGCAGAAACAUAAGCUCUCGGAAAAAAUCCCCUGCUUGGAAUCAUUUUUUUAUAUCCCCUCGAGACAGCACUAAAGCAAUAUGUAUGUACUGUAUGAAAGAAUUUAGCAGGGGUAAAAAUGAAAAGGACCUAAGUACAAGUUGUCUCAUGAGGCAUGUGAGGAGAGCUCAUCCUACUGUACUUAUUCAAGAAAAUGGAAGUAUGCCAGGUCUAGCUUCUCUUUCUUCACCUUCAUUGUUACUGCCUGCUCAGUCUGCAGAUGUUGGAGAUUUAAGUGCUGUGUUAUCGCCUAUAAAACUGGUCAAGAAAAUUGCUUCUAAGAUACCAUCUCCAGAUCGAGUAAUUGAGGAAUCUGUUUCUAUAGUCUCUUCUGAAGAAAUAUCAGACCUUUCCGUUUCUGAAAAGUGCAUCAAAGAAGAAGUCAUGGCUGGGUCAUCUCCACCCCUACCCAACAAUCAAUAUGAUGAAACUGUAGAGAAUGUAGCAGAGAAAACUGUUCCAAUUCCAAAGAGUACAUCAGGUUCCAGAAGAAGAUCUGCUGUCUGGAAACAUUUUUAUUUGUCUCCUUUAGAUAAUUCUAAAGCAGUUUGCAUCCACUGCAUGAAUGAAUUCAGUAGAGGAAAGAAUGGAAAAGAUCUAGGAACUAGUUGCUUAAUAAGGCACAUGUGGAGAGCCCAUCGUUCUAUUGUUUUGCAGGAGAAUGGCGGUGGUACAAGCAUACCACCCUUGUAUUCUGCUCCUCCAACUUUAUUGCCUUCUUUACUGCCCUCUGAUGGUGAUCUGAAUUCUGUGUCGUCCUCUCCAGGAAAACUGAUUAAAGAAUCAAUGUCUGCUUCUUCCUCUCCAGAUAGAAUAGCAGAGGAGAUCCAUUCUACUCUCCCUUCUGGAGAUGCUCUGGUGGAAGACUCAUCGAUGUUGUCAGCUGAUGAUAUAGGUGAAGUCUCCUUAGUGUCUUCUCCUGAGAAGCAGUGUGAGGGAUUAAGUCCAUUGAUAUUUGAACGUAGCUCUGUGUUUCAGCAGAAUAAAAGGAUUAUGAAAAGGCUUAAAUCAGAAGUUUGGCAUCAUUUUUCACUGUCUCCAGUGGACAGUCUAAAAGCUGUAUGUAGAUACUGCAGUUGUAUGAUAAGUUGUGGGAAAAAAGGAGAUGUAGGCACAAGCUGUUUGAUGAGACAUCUAUAUAGACGCCACCCUGAGGUGAUUGGGAACCAAAAGAGUUUUAUAGAUGCAAGUUUGGCAAAUUCUCCUUAUGCUACUUUGGCUUCUGCAGAAUGUUCAUCCUCAAAAUUGAUUGACUUACCCACAAGGGUUACAAAUGGUAAUCCAAUUAUAUUUCCUGCCAAUAGCAAGAAGACCUCAAAACUGUGGAAUCACUUUUCAAUUUGUUCUGCAGAUUCAACUAAAGUAAUAUGUAUGCACUGUGGACGUACAAUAAGCAGGGGGAAAAAGCCAGUAAAUUUAGGUACAAGUUGCCUUCUAAGACAUUUGCAGCGGUUUCAUAACAAUGUGCUGAAAACUGAUGCUUCAGAGACAGUGUUGUCCUCUUCUAUGGAUAAUCGCAAGCCACUGAACACAGAAUUAUUAGGAUCGUCAACCUUUGAUGAAACCAAUGACAAGUUUUGUGAUUCUCACCCAGUUGCCAAAAAAAUUACAAGUCUUGUAGCUGAAAUGAUUGCACUUGACCUUCAGCCAUAUUCUUUUGUAGACAACAUUGGCUUUAACAGACUGCUUGAAUACUUGCAACCUCAGUAUUCUUUACCUUCACCAUCGUAUUUUUCUAGGACAGCAAUUCCAGAAAUGUAUGAUAAUGUGAAACAAAUAAUUAUUUCACAUCUAAAAAAAGCUGAAAGCGGAGUAAUACAUUUUACAUCAGGAAUAUGGAUGAGCAAUCAAACACGAGAAUACUUAACUCUUACUGCUCACUGGGUAACAUUUGAGUCCUCAUUUAGACCACAGUGUGAAGAUUACCAUUGUACAGCACUUUUAAAUGUGUCACAGAUUGAUUGUGACUACAAUGGCAUUAGUAUUCAGAAGCAGCUAGAAUAUUGGUGGGAAGCAUGGAUAACUUCCAUUGGCCUUCAGAUUGGGAUUACUGUUACUGAUAAUCAGAGUAUAGGAAAAACUUUAAAUGAAAGUGAUCAUUCGAGUGUGCAGUGUUUUGGUCACACUGUUAAUCUCAUAGUAAAUGAGGCUAUUAAAAGUCAGAGAAUGGUUCAAAAUUUGCUUAGUAUUGCAAGAAAGAUUUGUGAACGUGUUCAUCGGUCAGCAAAAGCAAAGGAGAAAUUAGCUGAGUUACAAAAAGAAUAUGAGUUGCCCCAGCAUCAACUUAUUCAAGAUGUUCCAUCCAAAUGGAAUACAUCAUUCCAUAUGCUUGAACGCUUAAUUGAACAGAAAAGAGCAAUUGAUGAAAUGUCAAUAGAGUGCAGCUUUAGGGAGCUGAUAAGUUGUGAUCAGUGGGUAGUUAUGCAAUCUGUGUGUCAUGCUCUGAAACCAUUUGAAGUUGCAAGUAGAGAGAUGAGUACACACAUGUCCACUUUAAGCCAGGUGAUUCCAAUGAUUCACAUACUUAACAGAAAAAUAGAGAUGUUGUUUGAGGAAACAAUGGGCAUUGACACCAUGUUAAAAUCCUUGAAAGAAGCUAUGGCGAGUAGAUUGUCCAGCACACUUCAUGAUCCAAGGUACAUUUUUGCUACACUUUUAGACCCCCGCUAUAAAACAUCCUUAUUUACAGAGGAGGAGGCUGAACAGUAUAAACUGGACUUAAUCAGGGAGCUGGAAAUAUUGAGUUCUACCUCAGAUGAUGAUAAACCUGUUUCUAAUGGGUGCGAUAUAGGUUCACCAUCUACAAACUCCUGUAGGGAGGAUAAUCUUUGGUCACUUAUGGCUGACAUGAAAAAAUCAAAAGAUCUAAAAGAGAAGGCAAAGUUACCAGAGGAAAUGGUGCUCUCAUACUUGGAGGAAGAAGUGCUUGAGCAUAACUGUGAUCCACUAACUUACUGGGAUUUUAAGAAGUCAUCGUGGCCAGUAUUGUCAAAACUGGCUGUCAGAUUCUUGGGUUGUCCACCAAGUAUUGUUCCUUCAGAGAGAUUGUUCAAUACAUCCAAUGAAAACAGCAGCUUUAGUCAGUCAAGGCUAAUGAUUGAACACUUUGAAAAACUUAUCUUUUUGAAAGUGAAUCUUCCCUUAAUAUACUUCCAGUAUUGAAAUUAACGAACAAAUUGCCAGACUAAAACUAUUGUUGCUCACUGGAUAUUAAAUAUUUGGAUUGUUAAAUUGCUCCAGUAGGGGCCAUGUAUGACAUCUAAUCAGUGACCAUAAUUCAAAAUUUUAGUUUGUCAGCUUUCAUUAAAAUGUCUACAUGUGCCUUAUUCAUAGUUCUUCAGGCCAGAUAUUGUAUAUAUGUUUUUUAAAAGUUCACACUAGAAAUAGCCUGUCUUGUCAAAUUAUACAUAAUUAUGUAGGUUUUAAUCCAUAAUUGUAAAUGAACUUAAAGCGCGGUCAUUUGUUUUAAUAGAAUGGCAAAAAAGAUGUAAA